CUCAAAAACCCCUCCCAAAACCCGCUCUUCCAAAUCGAGAAGCUCCAAAAAUGGCGCUACUGAGCACAGUACUCCUUCCCACUUCACCUUGCCCAUCUCCCUCGCCGAAGCCGACCCUUCUCCCUCCUUGUCUCUCCUCAGUUUAUCUGCAAUCGCAGCUUUCUCUCCCCCGUCGCCACCGCUUUCUCAAGCGACUGGCCAACAAGAGUCGGCUUCGGUGCUCAUCUAGUGGCCCCUACGAGGUGGGAGGGGCGUACCCGGAUGAGGAUCUCGACCCGCAAGACCGACUGGGGACGACCCGACAAGGGAAUCGGAAGGUGGACAGUGCCCAGUACGAGGCUGUCCUCAAGGGAGGCGAGCAAGUCACCUCUGUCCUCCAGGAAAUGAUUACCCUCUUGGAAGAUAUGAAGAUGGAUGAAGCAUCUGAGAAGGUUGCAGUAGAAUUGGCUGCACAAGGAGUCAUUGGAAAAAGAGUCGAUGAGAUGGAACCAGGGUUUAUGAUGGCCUUGGACUACAUGAUCCAACUUGCUGAAAAGGACCAGGAUGAUGAGCGUAAGUCUCUGUUAGAGGUGAUCAAGGAGACUGUGCUAGCUCAUCUAACAAAGAAAUGCCCCCCACAUGUUCAAGUGAUUGGCUUGCUUUGUAGAACACCGCAGAAGGAAAGCAGACAUGAACUUUUGCGCAGGGUGGCUGCAGGUGGUGGGGCGUUUAAAGGUGAAAAUGGCACCAAAGUUCAUAUUCCCGGGGCAAACCUGAAUGAUAUUGCAAAUCAGGCUGAUGAUUUGCUGGAGACAAUGGAAACUCGGGAUGUUGUUCCUGACAGAAAAUUACUCGCAAGGCUGGUGUUGAUAAGAGAAGAGGCAAGGAAUAUGAUGGGCGGAGGAAUACUGGAUGAAAGAAAUGAUCGUGGGUUUAGUACUCUCCCUCAAUCAGAGGUGAACUUCUUGACCAAGAUUGUAGCAUUGAAACCAGGAAAAACCGUACAGGAGAUGAUAAAGAAUGUAAUGGAAGGAAAAGAUGAAGGUGCAGAUAAUACUCUGGAAGAAAAUAGCAGUGAAGAACUUUCAGGUGGCAUCGCCGGAAGGGCAAGUCUUUCUGGACGCAGACCUUUUCCUGUCCGGCCUGGCAUGUUUCUAGAGACUCUCACUAAGGUGUUAGGUGGUAUAUAUUCUGGCAAUGUGUCUGGCAUCACAGCCCAGCAUUUAGAAUGGGUCCAUCAGAAGACACUUCAAGUUCUUCAGGAAAUAGCAUUUUAGAGAGCCCCAUGCACAAUGGCUUAAUUAACUGGACUAAUUGGCUCAAGUUUUGAAAGAAUCGCUGCUUUCUGGGUCAAAGAGUGAAUGAACAAAUCAAGAACAUGGCAUUGGAUCUGUAAGAUGUCAACUCGAGAGAAGCGGUUCAAACUGACAACUUGCUGGCGCUCAUGCCAUUCCCCCAAGCUCUAUAUGUUGGCAACCACAGACAAGGUUAUUGACGCACACCCUGCGCCGGUAUAAUCCGCCAGUUACCCUUGAUGGGUUUGACCUUCCAGUAAAGUUUCUUGCUAAUGCUUUCGAGUCAAGCUCAUUUCUACCAUAAUGUUGGCGGUUGCACUUAAAACAUGGUGAUCAUCUCUUUUCUUUUCUUUUCAUGUGCAUUCCAGUUGAAAUCACAUCAAACGAGUUCUGUACUGGUAGUAAUCACUAACCAGUUUCUACUAUGACGAAUUCAUCCAAUUCUUCUUGUGAA